CUUUGUUCGAUGGUCAAGGUCAAAUAACGAAUGAAUUUAUAAUGAAUGAAAUAACGAAUUUUUUCCCAUGAAAAUGUCCGGCUUUACGGGAAUUAAUUUGCGAAAGCUCUACCGUUAAUGAACGUGAUGAGAGGAUGGCAGAAGGUUGGGAUCAUGAUGUGACCAAAUCAAACAGGGAGUUAAAAAUGAAGGCUCGCACAAACCGUCAUAGACUGCAUCGCUCCUCAGUGCGGCCAUUCUUCUGUUGUGGAAGUCAAGUGUCACUCAACAGCAUCACAGAGUUGAAGGACCUGCCUGUGACCAGUGGGAGAACGAUAGAGGAGGACUAUGAAGACCUCUCUGACUCAGAUGACCUCCACAGUGACUUCCACAGGCUUAAUGUUGCCACUCAUGAUGUGGAGCUGCCAACCAGAAUUUCAAAAACCAAACGCAAGAAACUGGGAACAAAAUCACACAAAAAAUUCUGGCCAACCAAGCUCCGAGCGAAGCUACCUGCGUCAAAGAGGGCAGCACAGUACGGAUCAGAAUCAAAAAUAACCUCAAAGAAAGCAGAUAAGGACGCUUGUACUUGCUUUCAGUCCUGUCAAUCCCUCUUGCGGAUCAAUCAUGAUUCCAGACCUUUAGGUGGCGUUGUUGCUAAUUUUUCUUCAACCAAUUCAUUUGCAGUUGAUCAGCGUAGCCCGGGCAUUGCAGCAGUUUUACGAGCAACUGCUGCUGAGUCCAUUCAACUGCCACCAAGGAGAGUAGAUGCUCCACUCCCCUUUAUAGAUAACUUCAACGCACUUUACCCUAUCAAUGAUAUUGAUGAACAAAGAAUUGCAGAGAGAAGGUUUGAAAUGGAGCAUGGCAUUUUGGAGUCCAGAGAAAAUGCUUUUGCGUCUGGUUCGAUUAUUGACCUCUCAGAUGGACCUAGUCAUGAAGUGGAGGGCAUUGGGCAGUACCCUUCAUAUGGUGCAAUGGGACUUCUAUCACCAGAAUCGUACUCAGCAUCAGCACCUAGUCAAGCAAGCUGUUUAGAACUGCGGAGUAGUAAAGGUGCAAUAUGUUGUCCUUCAAAUAGUCAGUGGUCUCUGGCCUCGAUCCCCCGUCCCCAGGGUGUUCAUACGCAGAUAGAUUUCAAGCACUAUCUUGUACCAGAUAUGAACAGGAUUGUAAACUCCAGUUUUUACUGGGGCAUAAUGGACCGGUACCAAGCUGAAAAACUAAUAGACAACAAACCAGAAGGCACCUUUCUUUUACGUGACAGUGCACAGGAUGAAUUUCUGUUUUCAGUUAGCUUUCGAAGAUAUGGAAGGUCCCUCCAUGCUAGGAUUGAGCAGUGGAAUCACAAGUUCAGUUUCGAUUCCAGAGAUCCGGGAGUUUUUGCCACCAGCAGUGUUUGCGGCCUUAUUGAGCAUUACAAAGACCCCAGCUGUUGCAUGUUCUUUGAGCCUAUGCUUACAAUCCCUGUACAUAGGAACUUCCCAUUUUCGCUGCAGCACAUGGCCCGUGCAGCCAUCACCAGCCAGGUCUCCUAUGAUGGCAUUAGUCAGCUGCCCUUGCCUGUCAGUCUCAAAGAAUACCUCAGAUUCUAUUUCUACAAACAGAAAGUUCGAGUGAGACGAUUUGACAACGUAGCUUGUGGAUGUGAUAGCCAUUGAACAUAAUCAACAUUUUAUAUUCAAGCAAAAAACCUAUGAUAUUUGUGUAUUCUAGUAGUGUUCCUGGUCAUUAAUAUAUAAGAUAUAAAAAAAACUUUUUUUAUAAAAAAAAAAUCAAGCAUAAUUUUUCAAGAUUUUAUAUAUCACCCUUAAAUGUUACAAAUAAUUAAAUUAUAGAGAUAGAACAAUAUCAAAUGCCUAAGGCAGUACGGCCGCUUGUAUUUUGAAAAUGACUGGAGGAGAAAUGCAAUAGGCAAAGGAAAGUGAGAAAAAGAAAUUAGGUGUCUUGUAUGAUAUUAUUCAUGAUAAACAUGACAAGUUUUUAUGCCCAGGCAUCUACUGAGGAGGCUGAGAUGAAUAAAGCAUUUGGCCUGUCUCACUCUUUUACUCUGUUCAUUCUAGUUUAACUAGAAAAAAGGUCUUGGCAAACAGCGUAGACCCAGAUGAGACGCCGUAUCAUGGGUCUGCGCUGUUUGCUUAAAGGAAUUUCUGUAAGAAAUAUUCUAAAUAUAGAAAUAAAUAUACUCGACAUCCCUAAUUUUGGAAAUAAAUUGAUCCAAUUUAGAUGGAUGGGAGAGUCCACUAGGCAUAAAUAGGCUAAUACUAGCAUGGAUGAUGUCUUUGAAAACUAUCAGAACACUCUUGACUAUCCACAACACCUGACAUUGACAUACUCUUGGACUUACUCAAAAAGAUCAAAAUUCUUUAUUUACCCACUUUGACCAUUGCCUAACAUCAAUAGUUAGUGUACAUACCUAACAUCAAUACUUAGUUUACAUACCUUACAUCAAUACUUACAUGUAGUUUACAUACCUAACAUCAAUACUUAGUUUACAUACCUAACAUCAAUACUUAGUUUACAUACCUAACAUCAAUACUUACAUGUAGUUUACAUAAAUAGCAUCGAUACUUAGUUUACGUACUAAAGAGCUUAGAUACUUCAAUUUAACACUCACCACACACAAAUCACUUCACCUCAUUUUGACCUUUGGGCUGAGACUUAUUCAAGCGGCCAAUGAAUUCAUUCUGACAAAGCUUCUACAGGGGGCAUUUGCGUUUAUUGAACGCGGCAUCUUGCGUAUUUCAUGCAUUUAGAUUUAACAGUUUUUGAAUCUUAUUUAUUUUUGGUACAUGUAAAAAUGUAUGAUGUUUUUAGUCCCCUACUGGUGAAACCAGAGGGGACAUGUGGUUUGCACUCUGUGAGUCUGUCUGUCAAACUUUUCUAGAUCCUGCAAUUACUUUAAAAGUUUUUCAUAUUUUUUAAUGAAACUUAAACUAUGAACAGAUGGCAAUAUGUAGAAUAUGCACGUCAUUUCAUUUUGUUCCUACGUCAAGAAUUCUGGUUGCUAUGGCAACAAAUAGACUAGAAAUAUUGCUGACAAUGGUGGAGUUUCACCGGUAGGGGACUUAUUGCUUGGCAAUGGUCUUGUUUGUUAUCAUGCUGUCUAAACAAGGAGCAUAAAGUUCAUCUUUGUUCUUUCUGUUCAUCCUUCAAAAUUCUUAUUUUGCUGCUAUCGUGUUUGUCUGGUUGUGAAAUUAAUUUUCUCGGUACUGUGUGGUACUGUGUUUCCGCUCAAGUCUAUGUAGCUACUGACUAUUGUGAUAAAACUAUAUCUAACUUGUCUAUUAGACGAACAAGCACAUAUGGUCAUUUAAUUUCAGUUUAAUUAGUUCUGAAAGGAAUUACUGCCCUUCAAAAACAAAUUGAAAAUUAGCUAAGGAAAUAUGAGUUACUGAGAGAGAUCUAAGGAAAUAUGAGUUACUGAGAGAGAUCUAAGGAAAUAUGAGUUACUGAGAGAGAUCUAAGGAAUUAUUGACCUGUAGCAUCAUGUGCAUGGGUAACUGACAUUGGAUAAUUUGUCUAUUUCAUUCUUGCAAUCAACCAAUACAUGUGCAGAGGUUAUCGAGGAGCAACAAUCCUUUUCACUGAUAUCAUUGAUUAUGUUCUUGCAAGGAAACCUUUAUUUGAUGUGCCAUUUUUAUGAAAGGUCUACUUACUAAAUAGCAUUCUUGUGGUAGAUAGUCCUGACUGUGGUGCUAUUAUAUUCCCAUGAAACCAUUAACUGUAUAUUUUAUGUUAAAAAGCCAAGCAUGUGAAACUUUGACUGGCAUAGUUGUACUAUUGUGUUGUGGAUUUGCUUAAUUUGUUGAGAUUAGCAGGUUCAAAAGUUGGGUUUCAGUGUUGUUUUUUGUUUUUGUGUUGUUAAUAUUUGCAAAUGAUCAGUUUGCAAUGUGUGUUAUUGUACCAGUAAAUGCCCUUUGUUUUGGUAUUUAAAACUUGCCAUGACCACUUUUUACAAAUCAAACCAAAAUGUAUAUGUUUCAAGGAAUAGAAAUAAGAUUUCACUACUUUUAAAAGUGCCUGCUUUGUCCAAAAGGUAGAUUGAAUCUAAAAUGUAUAGCUUCUACAAGUUGUAAACUAAAAUGUUUGUAAAACAAAUGUUAAUACAUAUUGUUUAUGAUUUCAGUCAUAUUUAAGUCUGAUAAAUUUAAAUUAAGUGAAAAAAAUAUAAUGAUGUCAAAUCAACCUAUGCUGAAAAAAGCUAAGGUUUGUUUGUGGGACUAUUCUUUUUGCAUUUCUUUUUGCUGUUGGUUUUACAUGUAGUGGACUUUGUGCCAUUUUUGUGAACUCAUUGCAGAAUAUGCAUCUUUAUCUGCAAAAAGAAUAUGACCCCAUCUUGAUUCUGAAGUGAGUGUUGCUUCUUCCUUUUCAUAAUAGCAUUAAUCCAAGCAUGCCAUAUAAGCAACAUGAUUAUAUUAUACAUUAUUUUAUGCUGAUAACAUGUAUUGGUAUAGGAAUGUUUGUACCUGAUUUGGGGGUAUAUUUAUAUACCGGUACCAUAUUUUUUACAUAAAAAUAAAACAAUGAUUUGUUGGUGUAUACAUUGUUUUUGCAGAGGCAAUUAUGCUAGAUUUUUAAACUAUUUUAGGCCUUAUCUAGUAUGAAAUGCACACAUUUACAUGUUAUUGUAAACUUAUUUGUGUCCUUUUUAGAAAGGAAAUAAUAUGCUUUUUUGCACGGAACUUAAUUUUGUUUUUAUUGUUCAUUCUUUACUACAUUGACUAGUAAUUUAUGUGUUGCUAUUUGUAAGCUCAUGUGAUCCCAAAGUACUCAUUGGUUACCUAUUCUGGUCACUCACUGUCCGUCAUCAUUAGCGUCAACAAUUAACUUAAACAAUUCUGAAACUUUGCGGUUUUUGAAGACAGGUUCCUAAGAUGGUCCUUUUACAGAUUACUUGAAGUCAUAUGAAUUUCAAGAAAAUGUAUGGUGCCAUGUCAGCCAAUGCUUUUAAACACUAGUUACUUAAUAUAUGUUUCAUGCGGAAAGAAGUAAUUUUAACAAUAAUAUUUGUAGUAAUAUUGACAAUCCAUGGAACUUAAAAUAUGGCAUAGGCAUGAAAUGUAAGCAUCAAACUAACUGGACAACUUCUGUCUUUUUGUUUAACCACAUGGUUAAUUUUAUAAUAAUUUCACACUAGUAUUCCAUAGGUGACCAAAUAAUUAUGUGUAUUUGUGAAAAAUAUAAAGAAAAAAUGAGUCCAAAACCACUGACUUUAUUGUCCCCUACCGGUUUCACCGGACUUAUGGUUUGCGAUCUGUCUGUCUGUCUGUCACACUUUUCUGCAUCCUGCGAUAACUUUAAAAGUUCCUCAUAUUUUUUCAUGAAACUUGAAGCAUGGAAAGAUGGCAAUAUGAACAUUAUGCACGUCAUUUCAUUUUGUUCCUACGUCAACAAUUUUGGUUGCUAUGGCAUUAAAAAAAAAUAAUCUGACAAUUGUGGAAUUUCUGACAAUGGUGGAGCCGGUAGGGGACAUAUAUUGUUUGGUAAUAGUCCUGUUCCAAAUUAAUUUUGAGCAUCUGUUUCUUCAAUGACACUCAACCAAUUAUCUGCAACAUUAUUUUGAUCCGUUCAAACAGCAUUGCUGAUGGGGAGUUUUUCUUUUAUAGUAGCAGUGAUUUUUUUAUAUAGGCAUAAAUGUUACAUGGAUGACCCUUAACGGAUUCCUUCAAAUAGUUGCAUGUCUGUUUUCCUAAUGUACAUACACAAUAUUAAAAUCUGUUAGUAUGUCAGUCACUACAUUUGGAUUCGGAGAUAUAUUAAAGAAAUAUUUUUAUGAUAAUUUUGUACUUUGGUUCUUUAAAUUAAUUUGUUACAAUUAAUGUUGUUAUUUAUCCGUUACUAUUUGUUGUUAGUCUAACACUAUUACUAAUCAUGACUCAAAUCAAAGGUCAUUAUAGUGAGGUGAGCGACCGAGGGCCAUCUUGCACCUCUUGUCGAAGAGCAUAAAUGUUUUAGUUGUGCAAUAUAGUGUGUGUACCUUAAGAUGUUAAUAUACAAUUGUACAUUUAGGUUCAUUACAUCGGAGAAAAUGCAAUUCUCAUGUUAUCUACAUGUAAUGUAUCAUGUAUCGAAGUCAGAAAAAUCUUCAUAGAUUUGUUGUAGACAUAUCUCUGACUUUCAUCAAUUCAUCAAUAUUCAUAAUUAUGUCAAAUAAUUAUGUCAAAGACAUAUUGAUUGUAUCCUCUGUCAACAGUUUUAAGCUUGUAAUGAAACAGUUGUAGUGUUUAUAGUGUUGUAGAUGUUAAAAUCAUUGAAAAUCAGCAAUUAUACAGUUAUUGAUGGUAUCUUUAAGCUCGUUUAUUCACCCGUUUGUUAGCAUCGGCAUAAUGCUCUGGUUAAGGUAAACAUGUAACAUCUCCAUACAUGUAUCUACUACAGGUAUUUAAAUGCUUUAUGAUUUCUUUCUGGACCAAGUUCCGUAACAUUGACCUGAGAGGUAAAAAAAUGUGUGACAUAUCCAUAUCACUGUUACACUCAAUAAAUGUGUUCUGGAGUUUCAUAACUCCGACCUGAAAUUAAGAAGAAUCGUGCCUUUUUUAUGCUCUUAUAAAAUUGGUUAAGAUAAACAUUCAACAUCCAUAUAUCACUGUUUCUACUUCACACUUACAAUUUAGCAUGAUUAUGCACCUUUUUGUCCUUAUAAAAUUCUGGUUCAUAUUUGCGUGCAACUGCUCCAUUAAAAAAAAUACUUCAGAUUUUGAAAUAAAACUAAAUAUAAAAUGUGUUUAUGAGAAUUCACUGACAAAGACCUAUAAUUAUGACCAGCUUUAGGACAAGAUCAUGCCCAUUAUGUACUUAUAAUUGUCCAGUUUGGAUUUGCGUGCAAGAUAAAUUUAGGUCAAGAUUUGCAUGCAACAAGCACAUAUUUCAGUAACUCCUACAGAUAUUAAAUUUAAACUGCAGGCAUGUUAUGGUGUUCCAACAAUGAUCUCUAGCCGACACAUAGACCUGGCAUAGGUCUGCAUUUGGGGCCAGAUGGGUCAAGGUUACUAAGUUUUGCUAAAUACAUUAAAAUGUUUGCGUUCCCUAACCACAGUGAAAUUGUGUGUAAUCCGGUUAGUGGGUUACAUGCUGAUCUAACGCGAAUAGCAUAUGGGACCAGUGGAGUCAAGGUCAAGAAAGAGUUUCUGCACAAUACUUUCAGUUUGUCUGGAUGUAUUUUCCUGACAUUUUUUUAGUGAAUGUUGCUGAAAUAAACAUCUUUAGUAGGAUUGUUCUUAGGGUCAGUGCGAUCAAGGUCACAACUAAGCUACCGGUUGACAAAAUUUAUAUAUAAGUUUGGAUUUAGGUUUUCUGCUAAAAUUUUGUUUGUAGGUAGCUACAUGCAGACCAAUAUUUAGGUUGCAUUUGGGACAACUUCACCGUUGCUAUAAUUAUAUACCCGGUAAUGGUUUCACUCAAUAACUUUAGUCUGGAGGGAGGCAUUGUGUAGUAAUAUUCCUUGUAAAUAUUUAUAUGCAGACAGUGACUUUGCUUUCAAAGGUAAUAACAGUGUAAAUUUAUUUUUAAUAAUUUGACAAUCUAAUUUCUUGGCAUAGUCAAAUUUUCAUGUAAUCUAUAAAUUUAUAUCUUUUAGUUUACAUAUGCUAUACAACACCUACAGAUAAUCAACUUAAAUCUGGCCUUGUAAUGAUACUAUAUUUGAUAAUGGACAUUCAACAUGUACCAUGUACAUCAUACAACAAAGCAUAAGUAUAGUAAAGUGUCCUGUCUUGGACCGCUCCAGUCAUCUUUGCCAUGAAAUGUGUAUUUACUUUACAGCUUUCUUUUUUAUCAUGUAGUAUUUUAAUCAAAUCAAUAAUUGUGAAUAUUUAAAUAUUGUGUACAUUUUUUUUUCAUUUUGACCUAGUCAACAAACGAAGUAAUUAAAUAGAGUAGUUUGUGUUUUCUGUUUGACUUUAUUGAUAUUGAAUAAAGCUUUUGAAAAAAACA